ACUGAGCAGCGGCGUGGAUUCCAGCAUGGCGAGUGUCUCUAGGAAAAACCGGAAUAAAAAUACGUUAAAGAGGAGCUGUGGUGUUGCUGCCAGCGUGGAGGAUAAGGAAGCAGAGGAGGGUAUGGAUGGAGCUGAGGAAGAGGUCACCAGUAGUGAGGAGGACGAGGGCCAAGAUGAACGAAAACGGCAAAAACUUCUGGAGGCGAUCAGCGCUUUGGGUGGAAAGAGGAAGAAAACGCUGGGAGAGAGGUCUGAGGCGGCUGUACACAUGUCUGAGUUCUCCGUAAACACCGAGGGGGGGCCCGGUAAGGUGGAGCUGGCCGAUCUGAUCGGGAGCCUAGAGAAGACCUCCGCUGUUCCAAAUAAAAGGAAGAAAGAGUUGAAGAAAAUGCAGCACAUUAAUAAAACCCUCGACUCUCCUCUUAGUAAGCAGGAGACCGAGAGAAUCCAGAGGGAUAUGGCUUUCCAGAAGGCAGCAUCAGAGGUGAGCCGCUGGGACAGCAUCAUCAUUCAGAACAACAAGGCCGAGCAGCUGGUCUUCCCUCUCAGUCAGGAGCCGGCUGGCCCCAAACCAGUAGAGACACUGGUAGCUGGAUGGAAGGCUAAGACUCCACUGGAGCAGGAAGUCUUUGCCCUGUUGUCUGCUAACAAACAGCCCCUGACUGACCCGGUCCUGACCCCUGCAGAAAAGGCUUCAGUAAAGGCCAUGAGUCUGGAGGAAGCCAAGAUCCGUCGUGCAGAGCUGCAAAAAGCUCGGAUCCUUCAGUCCUACUAUGAGGCCAAGGCUCGGAGAGAGAGAAAAAUCAAAAGCAAGAAGUAUCACAAAGUGCAGAACAAGGCCAAACGCAAAGAGUUCCUGAAGAACUUUGACCAGAUGGUGAAAACUGACCCAGCAGCUGCCCUGCAGGAGCUCAACAAGAUGGAGCUAGCCAGGAUGCAGGAGAGGAUGUCUUUAAAGCAUCAGAACAGCAGCAAAUGGGCCAAAUCAAAGGCCAUCAUGGCCAAAUACGACGAUGAGGCUCGCAAAGCCAUGCAGCAGCAGCUGGAAAUGAACAGAGAGCUCACUCAGAAGCUGGUGGUGCCAUUGAAUGAGGAGGAGGAGGAGGAGGGGAGAGAAUGUGAUGCAGAAGUUCUCCCUGACUUUGUUAAUGAUGCAGUAGACAUGCGAGAUGCAUUAAAUCCCUGGAUGAAAGGAAAACUAACUGAAGAGCCAACACAGGAGAAACUUAAAAUUACAGAGACAGAGGAAAGAGAGGUAGUAGCUGCUGAGGAAGAAGAAGAGGAGCAGGAAGCUGAGGAAACGGAGGAGGAGGCCCUCCUCAGAGAGUUUGACCGCAGGAGGAACCUGCAGGAGAGGGCUGCAACAGAAGAUUCAGCAGCUUCUGACAGCGAUGAAAAUGACCCCGCAGAGAUAACAACCCCCCCCAGAAGAAUGGAGAACAACUCCAAAGACACUCAAGGAGUCCCCUCUGCUGACAUCAAUGAUGAGUCAGCUCAGCUGGAGGAGGGGCUGGAGAGGAUCAGAACUGUGGAGGACCUGGAACUUCUCCAUCAUGAACCAUCAGCUGAGGAAAAGCAUCCCGGCACCACCAAAGCCCCACCCUCGGAAGGGAAAUCAGUAGGCAAACUAAAGAAGAAGAAGAAGAAGAAAGGGAUUGAGCUAAAAGAAGUUCUUACUAAGGAAACAAAUAUGAUCAAAGUUCCACUCACUCCAACGAUCACAGACUCAGAGAAUUCAGAAGCUAAGCUUGACCAAAGGGGACUGAUUAAGGAAGCUUUUGCUGGAGAUGAUGUUAUCUCAGACUUUCUUAAAGAUAAAAGGAGGCAGGAGGACGAAGGGAAGCCAAAGGUGAUAGACCUGACCUUGCCUGGCUGGGGGCAUUGGGGAGGUGUGGGUCUUAAACUACCAACAAGAAAGCGCAGAAGGUUUAGGUUCAAGGGUGCUCCUCCUCCACCUAGGAAGGACCAGCAUCUUCCCAGUGUCAUCAUUUCUGAGAAGAAGAGUGCCUCCAUCAGCCUGCACCAGGUUCAUUCCCUGCCCUUCCCCUUUGAGAACUCCACACAGUUUGAAAGCUGUAUCCGCUCACCGCUGGGCCGUACGUGGAACACGGAGCGAACCGUGAAAAAAGUCACCAAACCCAGGGUGGUGACCCAUCUUGGUACCAUCAUUGAACCCAUAGCUGAAGAGGAACUGCAGAAAGCCAACAAGAAUGUGGUGUCUAAAGAAAAAAGCUAGGGAGCAGCCCAUGUGGAGCAGAUGUUAAAAGCAACAGCACGUUUGAUCAGCAGCUGUUUUUGCUUAUUUAAGGCUAAGUCAGAAACCUUCAUUUAAAAUGAACAGUUAGACUGAUAAGAAAUUUGAAUCUAAAUGAAAUUAAACUUUUCCCUUUUCUGUCCAGCCACAUUCAUGUCAGGUGACUGAUAAAAAAAGAUGAAAUGUGUGAUAUCGAUAUUCACAGGUGCCUUCUUGCAUUUGACCAGAUUGCUGGAGGUGUAUUGGAUGUGGACUACAGUGUGAGCUGUACCUCUUCUGUGAUCAUCUCAGGAUUUUUUCAAUGUUUGCUUUGAUAACUGCAACAACUCUAAUACUGUGUAAAUGCAUUUGCUUUUUGCUAAACACAGAACAAACUAUGCUUGAAUAUGUGACAAGAUGGACUCCCUUUUUCUCUGCAUGGAUUAAUAAAACGAUAUGCUUAAUAUUUUGUAUUUCCUG